CUCAAGGACGGUUAGUCAUUUGUAUAUUAUCUAAGUCACAUAAGUCUGAGGGAUGGAGGUCAAGGUGAGAUGAAGCAAGUUUUCUGACAAGGCUCCUCUGCAGCUGAUGAGUCCCAGGACUGGGGAGACGCACGUCUCAAUCCGUCUCUCACCACAGGACAGACGUCUCCGGGGACUCCCCAAGAGCAGGAGGGCAGGCAGGGACAGCAGCUCCUCCCCCUGACAGAGACCCCAGGCGCCCGUACGCCGGGAGGGAAGGAAGUGGACUCAUCGCCCGGGAUCCAGGAAACGAAAGGAAACCUAAGCCGCGGCAGCGUCGCCGCCAGUCCCUCAGAGGCUCCUCUCCAGUGGGGUGCGGAUCUCGGUGCCUCCCGCGGGCUCAGGGGAGUGGAUUCCCGGCCGCGGGUCUCAGGGGGCUGCGCGAGGACCGCGGGGGCAGCAGGUUCACUGUCCCAUCCCAAACUGAUUCUAAGUACAUUUGUUUUUUAUCUUCAACCUCAAGUACAGAAGCGUGUGAUAAUAGAAGACUUCCAGUUACAAGAUACAUUGUCUUUCUGUUCAGCCUCAGUCAGAGCACUCUCACUCAUUUAUUACAGACAGCUAAAUGGAUUCUCCUCACCCAGGAACAAAUUUUCCACCCGGGUAUAACCCACAGUAUCCACCAGCAGCAUUCCAAGGACCUCCAGGACAAACUGGCUAUCCUGGUCCCCAGGGUGGCUAUCUAGGUCCCCAGGUUGGCUACCCUGGGCCCCACGGUGCUUAUCCAGGUCCCUACACUGGAUCCUCAGUCCCACCAGCCAGCUCUGCAGGUGUUGGCCAACCUGGGUUUCCUGUACAGAGUCAACCAGCACAUGGGCAGCCGGGGGCACCUGCAGGGGCACCGUGGAUGCCAGCACCACCACUCCCACUGAACUGCCCACCUGGACUAGAGUACUUAAGUCAGAUAGAUCAGAUUCUGGUUCAUCAGCAAAUUGAACUUCUGGAAGUCUUAACAGGCUUUGAAACUAAUAAUAAAUAUGAAAUUAAGAACAGCCUUGGACAGAGGGUUUACUUUGCAGUGGAAGACAAUGAUUGCUGCACCCGAAACUGCUGUGGACCAACUAGACCUUUUACCCUCAAAAUUCUUGAUAAUUUGGGCCAAGAAGUCAUCACUAUGGAGAGGCCACUGAGAUGUAGCAGCUGCUGUUUCCCUUGCUGCCUUCAGGAGAUAGAAAUCCAAGCUCCUCCUGGUGUUCCAGUUGGUUAUGUGACUCAGAAGUGGCAUCCUUGUCUGCCUAAAUUUACUGUUCAAAAUGAGAGGAGAGAGGAUGUACUAAAAAUAAUCGGUCCAUGUAUUGUGUGCAGUUGUUGUUCAGACGUUGAUUUUGAGAUUAAAUCUCUUGAUGAACAAUCUGUGAUUGGCAAGAUUUCCAAACAGUGGUCUGGGAUAGUAAGAGAGGCAUUCACGGACGCGGACAACUUCGGGAUCCAGUUUCCUUUAGACUUGGAUGUGAAAAUGAAAACCGUGAUGCUUGGUGCAUGUUUCCUCAUUGACUUCAUGUUUUUUGAAAGUACUGACAACCAGAAUCAAAGAUCAGGAGUCUGGUAGUGGAGUCUUGAAAGUGUCCUUUGAAAGUGUCCACACAGAAUCUAAAAUGUGCACAGUGAUGAGGCUAUCGAAAAGUAAAACAUUUUUUCUGUGUUAGUAUCACUGCUGUCUGUAUGACUUAAGGAGAGAUGCCUGUAGAUCCUGUUGUAUGAUUUCACUUCCAAAUUACAGUCUGUUUUCUGGACCUCUCUCAUAUAAAUAUUAUGUGUUUAUACAUUUUUAGAUACUCACUGUGAAUCUGAGAUAAACGGCAUAGGAGAUUUUACAUUCAAAAAAGAAAAUUUCUUAUGAAAAUUGCUUAUAUUAUAAUCACUGCCCUACUUUCUAUUUUAUACCACAAUUAAAGCAUUUUUGAACUUUAAUAAACAAGUAAAUGACUGAA